CCAGGUACAAAAUUAUUGAUUAAAAGUGCAUUUGGCGCAUGCGUGUACUCAGCUAAAAAUACUAAAACUUGGACAAACAAGGAAAUGACUUCUCCUCAGGCAGGGGUGGCUUAUCAGCCCAUGAAUCUUAACCAAGGUGUCACCGCACCAUAUACACUGGUUAAUGUGGAUGCAUGUGGAAAUGUAAUCCAGUCACCAACACAGAAUCAACCGCAGACAACCAACCUUGACAUUUUUAUGUGGGUACUGGCUGCAUUUGGAACAGUUGUAGCUUGUCCUUUCGGCAUAUUCUCGAUAUGCUAUGCAUAUAUGUCCAAAGAUGAGGCUUUUUAUCCCAUGAGGAGAUACUACAGAUUUACGGCCAUGCUGGUGGCUUCUGUCGCCAUAUUGUCUUUCGUGAUUACCGUUAUCUGGACUAUGGCCGUAUUUGGGAGCCUAAGUAGAUACUAAACGGCGUGUUGGUAUAUUUUCUACUGAUUGUAAAUAAGCAAGUUUUAUAGUUAAAGAUUGUGAACUGCAAUCGUCGAUAGACAUUGGAUAACUAUCAUUGAUUUAUGUAUGUAGAUUUUUUUUUAUAUAUACAUGUACAUAUCUUUUUUCAACAUAUGUAUGUACUUUACUUAACUGCUCUAAUUAUUUUGAAGAUUUAUUAUGUUUGAGAUCCUAUGAAAUGUUUUGAUCGGCAUGAAGUUUUUGCAGUUAAAGGUACCAAAACCUUAUACAUGUACUUUCUUAAACUAAAUCAACUGCUGGGUAUAGUAGAAAUGUAGCAUAAUUAAAGAUCUUUUGAUUUUAUACUGUACAUAUUUGCUUUAAAAAAUGAUAAAACUGACAUUCUCAAUAAUAAAAUCUUCUUUCCAUUGUA